GCAAGUGUAUGUAACCAGUCCUGGACGGACGGUCAAUCUGGUGUCUUGUGAACCGCUCGCUCGGUCAGGAUUGAUCGGUUGGAUUCGACGCGUGAGCAAAGUCGCCGGGAAGAAAACGAGACGGAGGAAAAAAGUGAUCUAACCGGUGUGCAAAUUUUGGAUUACCCUUUUCUCGCGAGAUUUCGUGAGGCAGGGCUUAAGAGGAACACAAUGUCAGCAGCCGUGAGGGAGCGAACGUCGACGCACACCAGCAGAAAGAUUGUGAGUCAUGGCGGUCCUAUAUCUGGCUACAGAGACGGAGCAGCCACGGCCAGCAGCCUCGAAAACAACUUGGACGCACUUCUCGAGGAUCUGCAGACGAGUGUCUCGAGAAGUGCUACUCCUAGCCGAGACAGAACACUCUUGCCCCAAGUCGAGUAUAGGGUAGCUGCCAACCCUACCAGAGUGAUCUCGGAGGGCAGACCCAUGUCUCCGUCUCGUUCGAGAGUGACUACCACUGAAAAAUUCGUUAGUACCGGUCCAACUGGAACGACAAGCGGUAUCCCGGGCUUGGAACAUCUGGACGCGGAGCUGCAAGAUGUCCAACCCGGUCAAACUAAAACGGUAGCCUACAAGCAAGUGUCGUACCACUACAACAAGGAUUUGGACGGGAAACCAGAUUCAUGGGUCAUAUCAGAAAGCAAACAGCCUCUCACUGGCGCGCCCUUGAUGGACGACAUCCAUGAAAGAACUUAUGAGGAGACUAAAAGUUCAGCGAGUCCAUAUUCAUAUCAAAGUCCAGAACCAAUUAUUAAAAAAUCAGUUGUCAAUAGAGAAUUGGUCUAUGGUGACAGCUCGUCUCGUUCGAAACAAACUUCCCCUUUACCAGGAACUCAGAGAGAUGUCAAGUUCGUUCACGAAACCAAUUAUCAAACUGAACCACGACCGACUCAAAGCACGCAAGAAUACAUCGAGUAUACCGUACCGGUCUCGUCAAGUCCAUCGAUACCGAUCAAUCUGGCACCCGGUCCCAACACAAAAGUGACCACCACCAUCAAGACGUACACCUACGAACUACCGGGAUCGCCGGAGACGUAUCUACCAGGUGGCAACGUGCCAGGGAGUGUCGUGCUGCCCGGUGAUCAAACGAUCACGUACACCCUACCAAGAACCAGCGGAACCACCACUACAGACAAGAUGGUCACCUAUCAGACCGUGACGGAUGUACCGGGACAUCCUGGUACGCCGAUCAGAUAUUCGCCGACCGAUGUUACUGAGAAGUCGAAAAUCAUGCACAAGGAGGCGAAGUUCUAUCGCGAGGAGCACCAUGGCCAACCGACACAGCCUUCCUAUUAUCGCAGCGCUCCGCCGACGAACUUGGAGACCAAGACCACCGUGAGCGAGAAGUAUUACCAUGUCGACGGUAAUUUUCCUAAUGGUCACGGACCGGGUGAUCGUCCGGACUAUUCUACGAGUAUAUAUCAAAAUCAACCGCCUGCCGUAAGCGAAACGCACACCAGAACCGUUAAUCGAUUCGAAGAAUAUAGAUCUGGUAGAUCACCGUCUAGCGGACGUUAUCCCGACAAACCAGACACUCCGACCAGGAUUUACAAAUUCUCGAAUACUACGACGACAGUACCGCCGAACAAGAACGCCGACGACCACGAGGUUCUCCUGCCGAGACCGUUUCCAACUGGUACUCAAGUGUAUCCCGCUAAGCCAAUUACCAAUGGCGAAGGCCCACCGACGAAACUGGAGGACCUCAUGGCUUCGUUCUCUGAUUCUGAGCGAGAGGUAUUGGACGAUAUAGAGAGGCAAGAGCGUAAGAGCAAAAAGGAAUCAUCGGCUACGAAGAAAAAAGAAGUUGAUUUUGUCCCGCAUACACCACCAAAAGUCAAAAGCAAGAAUGUUGCUGGGCCGCCAGUCUAUUAUCCUCCUGGUUCGGCGGAAUUCACCAAGAAAGAAGAAUCCGGCGCAGCCAUGUCACAAGCUAGCGGAGGGUGGGAAAAAGCUAGCGGAAAAUACGAGUACGAGGCUUCUAGCAAAAGUAAAAGCAAAAGUAGCAAAGGAGGUGCCGUUGUCCCAGUUUGUCUCCCGUUAUGCUGCGCGUUGCCAUGCGUCAUUAUGUAACUUAUUAUUAUAUUAACAAAUUAAUGAAGCACAUGACAUACA